UUAAUCGAUGUCGAGAUCAUCAGUUCUUCAAUUAUUAAUUCAACAUCGAAUCGACAUCGAUGAGUCGAGUUUCGCUGAGUACUUAAUAAUAAACAUGUAUCAUCCGUAUGAUAUCUGUAUAUUUCUAUGUAUUGCCUUGCAUUAUUCCUACAGUAUAAUUGUUCAACGCUUGUUGGACUAAUUAUGUCGGAUUUUAUAGUUACAGAAUUCAUGACAGAUAUAUACAUAAAUGAAUAAAAUUCACAAGAAUAUAAUUUUUAUUUAAAAUGAAAUAAUAGGAGCGCAAUUCUGGCGUAAUCAUUCGAUUGUGGUUGAAAAUGAGGUCGUAUUCCCUAUUGUCACGCAAAAUGCUGAAUUGAAUGAAAAACAUCCACUAUAUUCCGCGCGCACAGUUAAGCGAAUAAUUUGUCAGCGAAUUGCAGUCAUGCAAAGCCUUGAUAAUGUAUGAAAUGAACGAACAUGCAGAAUAAGUCAUGCAAAAGAAUCACGGAAAGGAGAACAAUUUGAGCUUCUUGGAAGGAGAAUACGAUCCGUUCGAAUUACCAGGAAGACAAUUAAAACUGUAUUACCCAAUAGGACAAUUUACAAAUGUGCUACGUAGUUCCUCACCCAUUUUGAAAGACAUAGAUGGUGCUUCAGUUUAUUUUGUUUACUCUUCGUCAAAUGAGUGGUCCAUGUACUAAAUAUUUGAAUGCGCUUUUAGUGCCAUAAAUAUAUUCAACAUGAACGAGAAUGUGUUGCAAAAUUGGAGCCCUUAUGCCAGAAAGUACGAUCCCUUAAAAGCAGGUAGUAUCGACGGGACAGAUACGCAACCUCAUGACAAGGCUGUUAGUAGAGCAAUGAUGAUGCAUUAUGAGCCACCGCACAAUUUAGAAUCUAAGACGGAAAGAACCAUAUUUGUAGCUAGAUUUGGUCCCAAAAUUACUAAUUAUGAUCUAAAAGAGUUUUUUAGCAAAUAUGGGGAUGUUAUUUCGGCGAAGGUGAUAGUAGAUGUAGUAACUGGAUUCUCUCAAGGAUAUGGUUUCGUGGAAAUGAAAAGUGAAGAGGAAGCUAGAAGAGUGUUAAGACGAGCUGUCGAUGCCACAUUAAAGGGAUAUCAAAUUUUUAUUGAUUACGAAUGUGGCCGUAGUUUGAAGGGAUGGAAACCGAGGAGACUUGGAGGUGGUUUUGGUGGCAAAAAAGAAUCAGGUCAAUUAAGAUUCGGAGGAAAGGAUAGACCAUUUAAACGACCAAUUGUACCUAAUAUUUUAAAGCCAAAAAGAGAUAAAUAGCCUCUACUUUGAUAUGUAUG